CCCCCCCCGGAGUUUAGCAGCAGCUGGGGGCUGUACAAGGCAAAGCCACCUCCCCUCUGACGCCAGAGGGUCACUGGGCGCCCCGGGCUGGGGGUUGGUCUCACUCCCCUGCCCAAUCCAGGGAGACCUCGCUGCUAAUUGCGCCCUCGCCAGAUCAAAGGCGCCACUGGCGCAAUCGACACCCGCCUGGUGGCUCCAGAUUCCCUCUGGCGAGCGCGGCUUUGUCUGCCCGGCCCGGCCAUGGGGCCAGCGCCCGCCCCGGCCCGCUUCGCAGCCGGCCUCCUCUGGGCGCUGCUGGGCGCGGCGCUGGGCAGGGCGGGGAGCCCGCCGGAGACGUCGCUUUUAAAGUCCUUGGGCCUGAGCGCCAAGCCGACCCCCGCGGCCCCGGCCCCGGUGCCCUCCGUGCUGUGGCGCAUCUUCCAGGGGCGGGCGCUGCCUGCCCCCGGGGACCGCGCUCCGGACCGCGCCUGUCGGGUGGAGGAAUUGAAUGUGCCCGGGAACAUCAUCCGCGUCUUCGCUGACCAAGGCCACUUCAUUCACAGUGGGGAGCCCAAGACUUUCCUGUGUCUGGAGAAACGUCUGUACUUUAAUUUCUCUGUGUUGGAGGAGGGGGAGCAACUGACAAUGGCUCAGCUGGAGAUCAACUUCAGCCACAACUCCUAUCACACUUCCAGUGGUGGGCAGGUCUUUGAGCUGCGGCUGUACCAAGCCCUGCAGAUGUCUCUGCGGGGGAUGUCCUCCCACACGUACAACCACAAGCUGCUGGUGGCGCAAUCCUUCGUGCAGCUGCACAAGUCCCUCCUCUUCAACCUGACCGAAGUGGCGAAGGGCUGGCGAACCCCCAGCAAGAACCUGGGCUUGAUCCUGGAGAUCUCUGUGGGCAGCAGGGACAGCGCCGAGGCCUUGCCACCCCGAAGGCUGCAGAACCUCUGUGCCAGCAUCGACUCCUUCCUCGACACCUCGCUGUUGGUGGUGUCCCUCAAUCAGAAGCAGUGCCAGGCCUCCAGGAAGAGGCGAAGCUCCUAUUAUACCCCAGUCACCCCAAGCAACCUGUGCAAGCCAAGGCGGCUUUACAUCAGCUUCAGUGACGUGGGCUGGGAGAACUGGAUCAUCGCGCCGCAGGGAUACAUGGCCAACUAUUGCCUCGGGGAGUGCCCCUUCCCAUUGACGGCAGAACUCAAUAGCACCAACCACGCCAUCCUCCAAACCAUGGUGCACUCCCUUGACCCAGAAGGAACCCCCCAGCCCUGUUGCGUCCCAGUCAGGCUGUCCCCCAUCUCCAUCCUGUAUUACGACAACCAGGAUAACGUGGUGCUGAGACACUAUGAGGACAUGGUGGUGGAUGAGUGUGGCUGCAGGUAAUGGAGCUGCUCAUCGAGAUGUGACGAGGGAAUCGAAUGGGUCUCUGGAGUAACUGGGAUUUUUGAUGUAAUAGGUCAAAAUGUAUUAAGUCUCCUUCGUGUGGGUGGGUAGGGCCCUCCCUUCCAUCCCUGGGUGCAGUUAAUGGCAGAACUACCCCUUUGACGCAGUUGCAAAAUGCAGCCUCAAGGGGGAAGCUCUUGACUUCUGGCAUCAAGAGGAUAAUGCAGUUUGGGAUUCUAAUGUAAUGCUGAU